UGUAAUAAAAUAACUUCUUCAGAAUAUUGUUAUUGCAAGAAGCAUUUUUAUUGAGAUCUUAUAGAGCUUGAAGAAUUUUCUUUAGACUUUUAAACGAGAACAAUGCAUACUCUUCCCUUAUCGUUCGCCCUCUUGACGUAUACUGGUUAUUGGCAACCUCUCAACUUGACACCCAUCAAAUAUUGGGCGUAUACUGUUUAUUCCGUCGUGAUGAUUUUUCUUCUUCUCUCAUUCACGUUUUGCGGUUUGGUCGAUUGCUUCAUGAUUAAAGAUCUUGAAACCUUUAUUGAAAAAUUCUCGCUGUUUUUGUCUGUGCUCGGCGUUAGUUGCAAAGUGAUGAACCUGGUAUUAUGUCGGGACAAGAUCAUUGGCCUCAGUAAUAUGCUGCUGACGAACUUUUGUGUACCCAGAGACAAUCACGAGAUGGAUAUUCAACGAAAAUUUGAUCGUAACGCAAAGACGAUUACUAUAUACUGCGAGAUAUUGAACGAGUCAGCCGUCUUCUUUGCCACAAUUGCUCAAUUUCGAUAUCUUGCCAAUACCAGAACUUUGCCGUUGUCCGAUUGGGUGCCAUAUGACAUUUCGUCGACUGCUGUCUUUUGGGCUACCGUACUGCAUCAAACUAUUGGACUGAUAGUCUGCGCGAAUGCCAGCGUCGCCCACGAGACUCUCAUCUCCGGCUUUAUGAUUCAAACUUGCGCUCAGCUGGACAUAUUAUGUCAUCGCGCUCGUAUGUUGCCGAAUUUGCUGCGAAAGGCCCAGAAAUCCGGAAUCUCAAAAGAGGAUUUGAAGGCGCGAGAACAGUGGCUCGUUCGCGAGCUUAUUCAUCAUCAUCGCUAUGUAUAUAGAUUCGCAGAACGCAUUAAUACGGUGUUCACGUUGAUGAUUCUCGUACAAUUUUCCAUAAGUUCAACGGUGCUCUGUCUUAGCAUUUACAAAAUGUCGACAAAAAGUUUGCUGAGCCUCGAGUUCGCGUGGAGCUUGUCAUAUCUUGGUUGCAUGCUUACGCAGAUCUAUUUGUACUGUUGGUUUGGCAAUGAAGUGACACUAAAGAGUACUGAAGUCGGCAACGCCAUUUAUGAGAUGGACUGGCCAAUGCUUCCCGUUGAUUUAAUAAAGACUCUUUUACUGAUAAUAAUUCGAUCUAAGAAACCGAUAAAAAUAACUAGCGGCUAUAUAGUUACUUUAUCCAAUGAAUCUUUUAUGAAGGUAAAAGAGAGAAUGAUAUUAGAAUAA